CGGAACUUAUGCCGUGGUAUGAAGCUGAUGUCAGAGUUGAUACCAAUCAGUACUGUUUGGGUGCAACUGAGUGCUUGCACUGCUAAUCAUCUCAAUCACCAGCAGAUGGCACCAUUUCCCAUUGGUGGAUGACCCCCAAAACUGUGGUGAGUAUGCAGGGUUUAGUACUCAUUAAAGACAGUUAGAUGAAAUUUGUCGUGUCAAAUGUCAGAUUAUGACGACCAUAAUUUUUUUCAGAAGAUCUCCAAUUCCAAUAAAAACUCUUUGCUGUAGAAUAAACGUUUCUCUUAUUAUUGGUUCAAUCCCCCAAAUUAGAACAAGUUACACAAGUCGUAACAAUUCAAUGAAAGGCCCAUUAUAAGUACUGGUAGACAUGUGGGAAACAGUAGUUUUAUGAGCAGUCUUAAUGAUCUUGUUUUAUAACUAAAGGACAAAACAAAUAAGAGGUGGAGUCAGUUAAACAGCCUCUUGGCUUGUUCUGUUACUCAAAUAUAUCGACUGUUCUUUAACUUCAGCUGCAGUUCCCUGCAAUAUUUCCACAAUGUAAUUCCCUCAACAUCCAAAAAUGAAUGGAUCUGUCUCUUUACAAUAGUAGAGUUUCUACAGCCCUCCUUGGCAGAUAAUUUGAUAGUUUUGUGAGUCUCUGAUUGAAGAGAUUUAUUUUCCUCCUUUCAGUUGUGCAUGGCCAGAAUACUUUAAGAUUUUGACCCUGGUGGGAAAACAUCACCCCCUACAUCUACGCUGUAAUGUCCUGUAAGUGUUUUCUACAUUUCCUUUGCUAGAUAAAGUUUACCCAUUAAAUUCUGGUUAUCUGCAAAAUGAGCUGGAUAAUAAUAAUAGCAAGUGGACAAAAAGCUGACAGGUGGAACAUGCCUUUGCCUUCCCAUCUAAACUGCAAGAAAUUGCAGCGAAUUGUGGAUGCAGCCCAGACCAUCACACAAGCCAACCUCCCUUCCAUUGACUCUGUUUACAACUCAAACUGCCUCGGCAAGGUCAGCAGCAUAAUCAAGGACAAGGCGCACCCUAGCCAUUCCCUCUUCUCCCCUCUCCCAUCGGGCAAAAGGUAUAGAAGUGUGUGAACACACACCUCCAGAUUCAUGGACGGUUUCUUCCCAGCUGUUAUCAGGCAACUGAAUCAUCCUACUGCAACCAGAGAGCAGUGCUGAACUACUAUCUACCUCUUUGGUGACCCUCGGACAAUCCUUGAUCGGACAUGACUAGCUCUACCUUGCUCUAAACAUUAUUCCAUUAUCAUGAUCUAUACACUGUGAAUGACUCGAUUUUAAUCAUGUAUUUAACCUCCGGGAACCGCACGGAAACCUUGGGUGGGCCACAAAGUCUCCAGAGGUUUCCGUUCAAGUUUUCUAAGUAGGACAGGGGCAUCACAGUUUGCUGAACUGUAAAUGAUUCUCGCCCAUAAAUGAUUCAAAGUCCUGUUAUUAAUUGCAGUUCACGAUUACGUUGCCUGUUGGCUUUGGUUUGGUUAUAAAGUUUUAACACGGUUGUAUAGAAAUAAAACCAUCCCUUCUCUUUGUUCUUGCUGAUAAACUGAUAAGUUGCCUGACGCGUUCAGUCUAGUGUAAAGUACAAGAUACACCCACUUCCUAUGUAUUCGUGACAACUUUUAUACCCGCUGAUCCAGUUUAUUUUUCAUAGGAAAGACUUGAUAUCAUCUGGCAAUAAGAGGGUGCAUAUCAUUUGCAAAUCGCAUCAUUGCACAAUGUAUGCCAGUGUGGAAAUAUGGAUUUUGCUCUUUUUCUAUCCUGCGAACUUCUCCCAACAAGUGGUCGGCCAGGAGCAGGUUCUGUUACAGCGGCAGAAGAGGAUGUGGGUUCUGGGCAACAUCGAUAUCACUGAAGAAGAUGAGGGGCCUUUUCCCAAAACUGUCCUGAAAAUAAACAAUGACAAGACCCAAACACAGAAAAUCAUAUUUAAACUAAGUGGCAAUGGAGUUGAUAAAGGCUUGUUUUUCCUGGACAGAACUUCAAACACAAUCAUGGUUUCGGGCAAAAUUGAUCGUGAGAAAACACCAGUAUUUGCAAUAAAUAUUCAUGCUUUCAGUGCAAAAACUUCUGUGGAAGUAGAUCAAAUUCUGAAGUAUCAAGUUAAAGUGAAAGACAUCAAUGAUAAUCCACCAGUCUUCAAUCAAUCUGUGUACAAAGUAGAAAUACCAGAAAAUAUUAGUAAGGGUAAAGAAUUUUACAGAGUUGUUGCCACAGACGCAGAUGAGAGAAACCAUCCCAACUCACGUAUUUCAUACUCACUGAUUGCUCAGAAAUCCUCAAAGAAUUUUAAUAUCAACCAUUCAACCGGAGUGAUAAGUUGUACAAGAUGUCUAAAUUAUCAGGAGGAGAAAUCUUACGUCCUGGUUGUGAAAGCAAGAGACAACGGCAAUGUUAUUCUCAGCAGCACUACAACAGUGCAGGUUAAUGUCGUGGCUGGUAACAACAACCGCCCUGUUUUCAAGAGAGCGGGCAAUUUUUUAGGUAACGUAUAUGAAAACGAUGAGCACGUAUUUAUACUGCGACUGAGCAUUACUGACACUGAUGUUCCGCAUACAUCGGCGUGGAGAGCCGUCUAUAAAAUAAGAGAAGGAAAUGAAAAUGGGAAUUACAAGAUUGAAACAGAUGCAGAAACAAAUGAUGGCAUUCUCUCUCUAGUCAAGCAUUUAGAUGUUGAAGAUAGUCCAAGGAGGCAUCUGAAUAUCACUGUUGAAAAUGAGGAACCACUUUAUAUAUGUUCAGACAUGAUCAACCAACAAAUAUUGACACCAGACAGUAUCUCUGUCACCAUCAUUGUGCAUGAUGCCAAUAAUCCACCUGUGAUCCACCCUCUGUGA